UGCCCAGGGACAACAAUGGUAUUGCCAACUGUAGUGAAAAUGUACUUCCUGAAACUGAAUUGGGAGAUGACGAUUUUUUGAUUUCAUGAUAAGAGCCAAGUCAUGAGUGCAGAAGACCCAAACCCAGCCGCCACACCCACUCCCUGUGAAGACACCCAGGGAGAUGGACGAUGGAUUUCUCUGCACAACCGCUUCGUGUCUGACAGCAAAGACAAAGAACCCGAUGUCCUGUUUGUUGGAGACUCUCUGAUUCAACUCAUGCACCAGUUUGGGAUAUGGCGGCAGCUCUUCUCCCCUCUCCAUGCCCUCAAUUUUGGGGUCGGUGGUGAUGCAACACAACAUGUGCUGUGGAGACUGAGCAACGGCGAACUUGAUAACAUCAGCCCUAAGGUUGUGGUGCUGUGGGUAGGAACUAACAACCAUGGCCAGACUGCUGAACAGAUCUGUGAAGGCAUCAUGGCUAUAAUCCAAGUCAUCAAGAACAAGCUCCCAAAUGCCCGGACACUCGUACUUGGUAUACUGCCCAGAGGUAAAUCGCCAAAUGCUCUGCGGGAGCGAAAUGCCAAGGUGAACAAGCUGGUUCAGGAGGCUGUACUGUCGCUCCCUCACGCUUCUUUCCUCAACGUGGACCCGGGCUUCGUCCACUCCAAUGGUAGCAUCUCCCACCAUGACAUGUACGAUUAUCUUCACCUGACCCCUCAGGGCUACCAGGCUGUGUGUGAACCCCUGCACGCCCAUCUCAAGUCCAUGCUAGACAAGCCUGCAGAGAACUGAGCCACAAAGGCACAAUACUACACUACCACAGUGGUCCGCAUCCCUGUUCUCAGAGAACCUCACAAUCUACUUAUUAACAGUUGUCUAAUAGAUCAAACCAAUUACAUGGGGCUAAGAGCUGCACCAACGAUUUGUGUAAGUCCUGUUCAUGGCCAGGGUUGAAGACCACUGUUACAGCUAAUGGGACCAUACAGAUUAUUUUUGUCCUCAUGUUACAGUCAAAAAAUGAAAUGUUCUGUGCUGUAGAGAGACAAAGUCUUAAUUUCCAGUGUUCCCCUGUUCCACUAGCUUUUGAUGGUGAUGAAUAUCAUCUGAUGAAUAUGACAUGGGGAACUUCUCUGUCAUCCACGGGGGGUCAGAGCCAGACAGUGAAAUGAGACUGGAUGACAAUUAUACAGUUUUGGUAGGUCUGAAGUUUCCGCAGUUGAUAAAAACUGUUAUUUAUAACUGUCUCCUAGAUCUCUUCCUUUUGCCUCCAGCCCCCCGUGAGAAUAUAAAGGCCCAAUUUUUCCACAGAAUAUAGACCGCUUAUUUAGGAGACAAUAACUUCUAUGAUGCCUGUCUGCCUGAGGCUACUGGAACAGGAACUAGCUGGAAAGGUUGCGAGACUUUGGCUCUUUUGGUGCUGGGAUACGUCUGGUUAAAAACAAAUCUGAGCUGUAAGAACUGCCCUUAAUAAGAAAUUGCUGUAUUUUGACGUUUUGGUUUUGCAGUUUCACUAAGUUACAUUUUUUUGGCAAUAGCUUUAUUUACUCUCGUGGUGUCUUUUGUGUAUGUUAAUUUGAAGGACCAAAUGUUUUUGAUUGACCAUUACUGUUUACUUGCCUUUUAUCAUGUCUCAUUAUUGUCCUUGUACCGUUUUACUCCACGUAUUGUAACAGAAACAGAUUUUGACGCAAGAGGCUGUGUUGCAAACAUAGAUGUAGUUGAGUAGCUUGUGAAGUUGUAUAGAUAUAUCUACAAUUACUUGUGCUUCAAGUGUAAUCUCAUCUGCAAGAUAAUGGCCAAUCAGGCCAUUUCCAAAGGCUUUGCUUUACACUUAAAUGCUUCUGAGCCUCUUAUUGAAGCGUUGCGCUACAGAACUCAAAUUAUGCUUCAGGAUGGCUGAUUGCGUAAGAAAUGGAAGAAUGCAUUAAAUAUGAGAAAGUG